AGAGUGGCACGAAGCCACGAACCACACCCUUUUUUCUUUCUUUCUUAUUUUCUUCUCAUUUUCUUCUUCUUUCUUCUUCUUUACUUUUCAUUUGAAUUUUGUACAGAGAAACCAACGAAGCUUCGCAAUUCACCAACUCCAUAAUCAUCGAUUCGAUUUCUCUUCUAACGAAUUGAACUUCCUUUUUUAAAUUCUGGUUUAGGGGUUAAAUCACAAUUAUUUAUAGGUAAAGGAGGAUGGCAUGCAGGGGUUUCUGGGAGUGUCUUUUGAAGCUUUUCAACUUCUUACUCAGCCUGACUGGUUUGGCCAUGGUGGGUUAUGGGAUCUAUUUGGUGGUUGAAUUCAGUAAAGCUUCUGAUGAUGAUAAACCGGCGAUUUCUCCUGUAAGUGAUGAUAGUGCUCUGAUUCAACUUGGACGGCCGAUGCUUAUGGCUGUUUCUCUAUCCGACAAUAUUUUUGACAAGUUGCCUAAGGCUUGGUUUAUUUACUUAUUUAUUGGUGUCGGAGUUGUUCUCUUUGUUGUAUCUUGUUUUGGUUGUAUUGGAGCUAUGACGGGCAACGGGUGCUGCCUGAUUUGUUAUUCAAUUUUGCUGGCACUGUUGAUCUUGGUAGAACUGGGAUGUGCAGCCUUUCUAUUUUUCGACAAAAGCUGGAAAGAAGUUAUCCCAACAGAUAAGAGUGGGGAUUUUGAUAUGAUAUAUGGCUUUCUGAGAGAGAAUUGGAGUAUUGUGAGAUGGGUUGCUCUUGGGAUUGUCAUCUUUGAGGCUGUUCUUUUCUUGUUAGCCCUUAUUGUUAGGGCUGUAAAUAAGCCAGCAGAUUAUGAUAGUGAUGAUGAGCUCAUCAAUCCAAGGCAGCAAGCCCGGCAGCCAUUGCUCAAUAGACAAGCAGGUCCAGCAGCAGGGGUACCAGUUACUGGGGCAGUUGACCAGCGCCCUAACAGAAAUGAUGCUUGGAGUUCACGGAUGAGGGAGAAGUAUGGGCUUGAUACUUCAGAAUUUUCGUACAACCCAUCUGAGUCACAAAGGGUGCAAGCAAACUCACAGCCAGCUGAAGAAAAGAGCCGUUGCGCCGUCAUGUAAUUGUUUCAUGGAUGUAAUUUAAAGCCAUGGCACAUGGCAUUGGCAAGUUGACUUCUAAUUAUUAUUUUUGUGGUCAAUGGUGUUGAGACUCAAAGUUUGAAAGAAAUAUAUCUUUUGUGGAGUUUGUGUACAAUUAUCACUUUACAGGAUUGUUCCAUGACAUGGAAAAAUCAUGUACAUUUUGUUGUUGAUAUUGUGCUGAGAGACAUCAUAAUUUCUUGUGGCAUUGUUUAUCUUCAUAGUUUAAGAUAGUUUUGAUGCCUCUCCCUUGUUGUAUUGGUUAGUUGAGUUUAAAUUAUUAUCCUGGUCUUUGAAAGACUGUUUUAUUUUAA